CCUUUAACCUAGAGCAUGAAGGCGACAACCACCAACGAUAAUCACUUCCCUUCACAGGAGGGAAACAGAUCUAAAGACCCCGCCAUUCCAAAGGACAGCUCCUGUGGGGUCGGGUUUUAUCGCCCAAGAUAUCUCCAAUGCUGCGCCCAUCUAUUACCGUUUUCGUUUAUUUUUGGAUUCCAGACGAUGUUAACACAAUCUCUGUCAUUUUACCUGUCUUCCCAAAUUACAACGAUGGAGAAACAAUUCGAUAUUUCCAGUACAGACAGUGGAAUCAUUCUCUCGGGAAAUGACAUAGGAUUUCUUGUUUCAGUUCUCUUCGUGAGCUACUUAGGUCGUAGAGGCAACAUACCUCGGAUAUUAUCAGCUUGCGGCAUAAUGUUUGGUAUUUCAGGACUUCUAUGCAGCCUUCCCCAUUUUCUCUUUGAUGGUCGUUCCACUGUCGAGGCACCAAGGAUAGAAACCAAUACAAGCAACGGAGGUUUUCUUUGCAACUCCGAAAAUCAGAAUAUGACAUCAAACUGCGAUGACGCUGACCAGCAAAGAUACGUCCCGCAGUCAAAAUGGGUUGUGCUAUUUAUCACAAUAUGUUACGUCAUUCAAGGGGUUGCUAAGUCCCCGAGAUCCUCCUUAGGAACGGUCUAUUUAGACAGCUCAUCCGACAAAACCAAAACUGGACUAUAUCUAGCUAUAUCCACAUCAUUUGGAAUUUUUGGUCCCUUUGUGGCACUGAUUAUUGGAGGUGUCUUCGGAAAGAUACCUGUUAACUUACAAGAAACAUCAAUGACCCCGGAUGACCCCCGUUGGAUCGGCGCCUGGUGGGUAGGGUUCCUGGUAUUUGGUUCAUUGGCUCUUAUUCCGUCUAUCUUGGUCCUCUUCUUUCCUAGAACCAUGCCUAAACCGGAAGAGAAAGAAUCGGAAGACCAAGAAUCGGAAGACCAAUCGCACGACAAAGAAUCGAAAUCUACUACAGAUAAUUCUAUUCGUGAACUAAUCAGAGAUUUUCCACAUGUCUUUAAGAGGCUAUUGAAAAACAAAGUGUAUUGGUUAUGUGUCGCUGCUAAUUCAUUUCUACUGUUUGGAUCCAUUGGUACUGGUUCAUUUGGACCUAAGUAUAUGGAAAAUGUCUUCAACAUUCCAUCUUGGAAGGCGAACACCAUUCUAGGUGGUCAGAUUUUGGUGACUGGUUGUAUAGGAACACUGCUUGGAGGGUACAUCGUGUCACGCCUCAAACUUACCAGGAGCAAGUGUUUGAAAAUGAUUCUUAUUCUGAUGGGUAUCUCUGCAAUUUGCCAAAUGUUGAACAUCUUCAUGGGAUGCGAUAACUAUACAAUAAACAGAAACAGAUCAGAUGAUAUACCGAAGAAGGAUUGCAAUUGUGACAUGACGGAGUUUUUAUCUGUUUGCUCGGAAAGGGGGGAUACCUUUUACUCACCAUGCCAUGCUGGUUGUACAAAUAUGACCGAAAAUGUGUUUUCCAACUGUCAAGCAACCGAAGGCAGUCUUUCCCCAGGAAUCUGCGAUACUGGGUGUCAGUAUUUGGUUCCCUACCUGAUAGUCUCAACAAUAGGAAUACUGUGUGCAACUCUGAGACUUGUUCCUAUGUUUACAGUUCUUCUAAGAUCUCUGGAUGAGGAAGACAGAUCAAUAGGCAUGGGCUUGCAUUCCUUUUUGUUGUCUCUAUUAGUUUUCCUGCCAGCUCCAAUUGUUUAUGGAAAGCUGUUUGACAGUACCUGCAUAAUUUGGAAAGAAACGUGCGGAUCUACAGGAGCGUGCCAGUUGUAUGAUAUCGAAAACAUGCGUUUUACGUUAAAGAGUACAGAUUCGUUGCUUGCGGCUAUUUCUUUUCUUAUGAAUAUACCAGCCUUAAUAAUUUCACAGAAGGAAGGGGAGAAGGGCGAUAAGAAAGACAUCAAUCUAGAGGAGAUUGAAUCAACGAAUGGGGAAUCAAAAACCGGAGUUAUGAAUCCAGAAAAAUAACGACCACAUUUUCGAUUCCUGUAGCAUUGAAGAAGCUCUUCGGCCAUUGAAGCUGAAAAUAAUCGAACCUUAACUCGAGUUGAUAUAUAUACGAUCAGUGUGAUGUAGAACAGAUGCAAUGUGAGAAUUAAAGCACUAUAUAACAUUGUAACAUUAAAAGACAAAUGACUAACGGGAUCGGCGGAGGACUAUAUGUCAUACAGUACCAAAAAUAGGGUCCAGUGCAAGCAAGCAUUAAUUUUUAUAUAAACACAGUCAAUUCUCCUUUGAAAUAUCUUUCUAAAGAUUGCAUUUUGGUUGUUGUGUGCUUACCUGUAUCGUGAAGAGUCUGAACAUGAUCAUUUUCCAAAGUACUAAUGUCCUCUAUUAUAACAACAAAAAGUUAGAUCAAAAUGUUACUUGCAUUUUUGUGUGGUUUAAUGAGUGAAAUAUUGCAAAACGUAAUCCGCUCAGCGACUUAUCUACAUUCACAUAAUGCAUUUUAUAUCAGCCUGUGAUAUUUUCGCAUUCUUGGAAUAUAAUAUACAUUGUCUGCAUAUUACAUCCCUGUAUACAGUGAACUGUUACAAACAUGCAUAUUACAUCCCUGUAUAUAGUGAAUUGUAACAAACAUGCUCAAAAUAUCGUAAUGUUUGAUAGUUUUUGCUUUUAUUUCAUAAAAUGUUUGGUGUAAAAUAUUAAAUAACAGUCUCAAAUGAGUCACAUAGUACAAGCAUCGACGACACGGGUACCACAAUAACGAUUGUUUCUGGAGAAUCCGGAUCCUUAGUAUAAAGUUCGAAUAUUUUAUACAUGGUACAUGCAUAACGAAACAAAGGUCUAAAUGGUAAUUACAAACAUUACAUCCUUUUUUUAUUUCAUGUACUUGAUCACUUUUACCCUUCCUGACUUUGCUACCAACCAUAAUUUGUUUUCAUUGUCAAUGCUUAUCCCUCGAGGAUCCUCUAACUCAGGGUGUUGAAGGACUGAAAGCAAUUCCCCAUCCAUGUUAAGGACGUGAACGCAGUUAUUUCCCUUAUCAGACACGAGGAUAUUACCAUUUAUGUCUGUUGCGACGUAUUGCGGAUCAAAUUUGUGGCAAAAGUUUUCAGCUCCACCGUAUCGACUUCGAAGACGACCAUCUUGGGUGAAAAUUACCACGGCUUUAGCGUUUAAGUCUGCAAUGCAUAAAUCGCCAUUUAUGUUUUCUGCCAAAUACAAGGAUAAAAAACGACCACCCUGCAACUGCAACAAGUUAAAUUUUCUUACAGCCCUUCCGCUCUUUCCAUCAAAUACCUCGAUUUGAAAUAUUCUUUCACUUCUUAAGCAGGUAAUCGCUAGAACAUUGCCAGUCGCACUGAAACACAUUCCGGAGGGUAUCCACUGUGUUUUUAUCAUAGCUCUGGGUUUCCCGUGCUUUACCAAGUAUAUUGUGUUCUCCUCAGAAUCGGAGUACAGUAAUUCUUCAUCGUUGAUGACCGUCAGGCCACGAGCAGGUAAAUUAUUUGCUGUGUUGAUUUUAUCAAAAAUAUUUCCUUUUACGUCAAAUCGCGUCAUCACGCCCUCACCAUUCACCCAUGCUUGAGUUCUGCCAAGACAAGCGAUGUCAUAAAGCGAGUUACAUCCUGUUGAAAUAUCAGCAACAAUCUCUAGGUUUUUCGAGAUUUCUUUCAUGGAUAAUCGCUGCAGAGACUGACCGAUUUCUGUGGACACAUUCAUAUCGAAGCGUACAUCUCUUGAAAAACUGAGAUCCCCGAAUAUUUUGGAGAUCAUCCACUCCUCAGUAUUGUUUGGGACGAAUGCGAUGUCGGAGAUAUGAAGAGGGGGUACACUCCUGUAUUGCUGAACGGUUGAGCGAUAGUGAAGGAGAUUAGAGUCCCAUGAUAGUAACAGAGCAGUAUUUUCUUGAAUCGUCUGACGAACGGUGUCUAGAUUGUUUCUGAACGUUUUUAAGCUUUCCUUCAACUCGUCAAGAUUCUUUUGUUUCACACUGUCAAUUUUAUUAAUGAACUCUCCGACAACUUUCUGGACUGAUUCGCACAAUUUCUUGCCUCUUGACUGUAUCUGUGAUUUCAGAAUUGAGUUACUGUUGGGCAAAAUUUUGAUCCACUCCUCAAGUUGCUGUAUGACAUUUCCAUAUUCCGGAGCAAUGGUUUCUUCUAAAAUCUUUGUAUCUUGUGCGAUUAUUUCUUUUCUUGCACGAUAUACAUCCUUCAUUUCCAAAAAAUCGUGGUUUUUGUGGGACGUCGAUACAACACAUUUAUCGCAUACUGGGGUAUCACACUGCUUGCAGUAAAUUCCACAUUUUUGAUGAAUGUGCGCUUGGCACGGUGGAUUCUGGAUAGUGUCGUACUUUUGGGAGUAUCUCACUAUGUUAUGCUUCUGUGAUGAGCUUGUUAGCAUAUGUUUUCCUACGCAAUCACCACAAAGACUAACACCGCACGAGUUGCAGGAAAAAUCAACCUGAUUUUGACACAAGCUACAGCAAAUCAAAUCCUGCGCAAAUGCACGAUCUGUCUCGAUAUUAUGACAAGCCAUGGCAGACAAAGUAUAUGAAGAAUCCUUUUUUCCUCAGUAGAAGAUAAAGAUAACCAUACACCCACAGUACAAACUGUCUUCCAAAAAUAUAUGUCAUUAGUUUGCAAACAUCAUUUAGCAUUCAUAACACAUGUAUAGUGUAACACUGUGCGAUCUGCCUUGUUGCAAUAUAUUAACGACCUACUUCCUGGGGUCGGCAUUUUAAAGUAUCAAAGAUAUAUGUAACUUUCAUUAAAACGGAAGAAAUGCAUAUGACUCAUUUCCGCGAUUUUCUGGAGAGCUUAGUAAACAAUCAGUUUGUAUCAUAAGAAAAAGAAAGAGGAAAAAGAAAGUGAAAGGGGAACAAUAUGAAAAAAGUCUUGAAGAAACAUUAAUUUCGUAUUCAAAGGCAUAUCAAGAGCGAAAUUGGAUCAGAUCACAACACCUCAUUACGUAAUUUUUUAGAGCAGUGAAAACAUUGACCCCGAUUGUACAAUGAACUGACUUUAAACAACCUACGUUGUCUGUUGUAAAAAAAAAAAAUUCACAGAAUGAUAAACAAAAUUGAUAUAUUCUUUGUAUUUUAAUUUAUUUCUAGCAUUUAUAAUUAAUAACAUAAAACUCUAACAAUGUGUUUUUAACAACCAUAACCACAAGAACUAAUUGUUUCAUAAACAUGAUGAAUACU